CUUGCGAGCGAGUGGACAGUCCUCUGAUGGGCGUAAAAACUCAUUGAUAAAAACAAAAUCGCUUAAAAUUUAAGUUCGGGGGAGGGAUCUGGACCAGGAAAGAACCGGGAGCAUGUCGGAGCUGAAGGCCCCGUCGCUGCAAUCUCUGCUAGAAUCGGAGCGCGGUUCCACGGACAGCUUGCUGGCCGAAUCUCUGCAGCUGGAUUUCGAGGAUCUGGAUGACGCCGAGUUUGCCAUACCGCCCACCGAUGUGCUGCCCACUUUGGAGGCGGUGCUCAGUGAAUUCGAGGCGGAUUCGGAUGUGGCCUCCGAAUUGGGCAUGCCGGUGCCCCAUGCCACGCCCACGCCCUCCAUAGGCGAGGAUUCCACGAUAAGGACGGAUGGCAGGGGCGGCGGAGGUUCCAUCAUGAGGUACACUCUGCUACACGGCAUCUCCGCCCAACUUUCCUCCGCCGCGGAACGAGUGAAUGCCGGAGCAGCCAGUUCCUGUGCCGUGGCCGCUUUCAUAGCCGUUGGAACCUCCCACGGACACAUCCUGAACUUCGACGUCACCCAAACGCUUAAGUGGGCCCACCAGGACAAGCACGGCCAGGGUGCGGUGGCCAGCAUGGCCUUCAAUGCAGACUCCACUCGGCUUUUGACCGGCUACUCCAGAGGAUUGGUUGCCAUGAUGGACACUCAUACAGGCGAUGUCCUGCGAGAGCUGUUCGAUGUGAUAACCCCCAAUACAGGCGUCCUACACGUCAAAUGGACCUCCAGAUCCUCUCUAGCCCUGUGUGCCGAUGCGGGUGGAUCGGUAUGGUCGCUUAGUUUCACCCGGAAACUGGGCAUCCGGGGCUGCCAGUCUAGAUGCCUGUUUUCCGGCGCUCGCGGGGAAGUUUGCGCCGUGGAACCCCUGAUAAUGGAUGCCCAGGGACGCCAUGAACUGGACCAGUACUGCAUUGUAGCCUUGGCCACGCUGUCCAAGUAUUUCAUAGUCACCGUACGACCAAGAUUAAGGGUUAUCAAGUACCAUGUGCUUCAGGGACCUCCGGAUUGCCUGCCCCUUCUCGCUUGGCACUUAGUCCUCAUCCAAGCGGCAGAUACUUCCCGGUCCGUGGAUCCCGUGAUUGUUGUGGGUCGUGGAAAUCAAUUGUUCUUUCACCAACUCUUUGUCUCGAAUGGAAGGAUCACUCUCUUGUAUCUACGUCAUGUCCAGCUGCAAGGAAGCCUGCUGUCUGCCCACUGGUUGGGACCAAAGUGUGUUGCCUCGCUGGACACGGCGGAGAUCCUUCACCUGGUGGACGUGCGAUCCAGUAAGGAACUCGAAUGCAUGGAUAUGGCCAACGCAGGAUUGGUUUACGGAUCGGCGCAGUUCAAAGGACUGGCCACCGGUGGAAAUGUGUCGCCUGCCUUCGCUUUAGCUGGCUCAAAUGCUUGCUAUAACUCUGUGGUUUCGCGAGGAACGCAGCUGUAUGUCUUGGGAGCCAGAUCGCUGCAUAUUAUUGGAGUUAGAACUUGGUCGGAGAGGAUUAGCUAUCUGGUAAAACACCAUCGCUGGCAGGAAGCCUGCCAACUAGCCUUGGAUGGCUACCUUGCCUCCGUGGAUCGUCCCAGGAAACGUGCCCAAGCCAAAGAGCGUAUCAUCAUGCUCUUUAAAGAGUACAUCGCCAAUUCCGCCCGGGCACCCGACUAUUGUCUCGGUGCCAUUGUCAACUGCUUAAUAACCGUGGGUGAACUCGACCUACUCUGGACGCAGCUGUGGGAAAAGUUGCACAACAGCAGCACUGAGCUUUUCUUGCAGCACAUUUCCGAACACAUAGAAAAGGAAACGAUUCAUAGUGUUAAUCCCGUGAUCUCCCAAGCUUUGGUGGAUUACUGGCUAGAGCACUCGCCUGCCAAACUGGAGCAGCUCAUUCUGAAGCUGGAUUGGAUGUGCCUGGACCUAAACCAGGUGCUAAAGGCUGUGAAGAAGCAUCGUUUGUAUAGAGCCCAGAUCUACCUCAACACCCAAGCUUUGAAUGACUACACGGCGGCGCUGACGGAGCUGCUGCCCUUGGUGACUCCCGAGGAAACGGAUUUGGGUAAUUGCCUGCUGGUUUACGUGUCCAGUUGUCUGGCAGGCAGGGGCUAUCCCAGCGGAGAAAUUCCCGUGGAGCUGGUGCAUCAAGUCAAGCACGAUGUCUUGCGUUGCCUGACCUCGCAGCAAUCCAAGGAGAAUGCCGGAGAUGAGAUGCCCUAUCCGUAUCUUAGAGCUCUCCUCAAGUUCGACACGCGGGAAACGCUAAACGUGAUAUCGCUGGCGUUCCAGGAACGAGAGUUUAGCCACGAGCUAGGACUCUCGCAUCGCAAGAGGAUUAUCAAUCUGCUGCUGGAGAUAAUGUCGCCCGAGAACGCAACGUGGGCGGAAAUUGGCUGCCUGUUGAACUUCAUUGCCCAGCAGAUUUCUAUGCAGUGCCUGCCGCGGGACAGGCAGCUUUUGGAACGUGUCCUGAGUCACUUGGCGCAGGAGGAGAUUGCCAACGAGAGCAGUCGGCAACAUUCCGAGCGGGAGAACGCCUGGCAUGAGCUGCUAUCCUCCAACUGCCUGACAGAAAUUAGCAGCGAUGAGGAGCAGCUGGAAUUGGCUGAGCGGGCCAGGUGCUAUUGUGUGGUGGAAUACUUGCUGGAGAAGCUUGGGCGAUACGAUACCAUCCUGGAUUGCUACAUUCGAAACGAAGCCAGGCAUGAGACCAUGUUUGCCUAUAUGGAGCGCCAUUUGAUCACUCCAGAGAGAUGCAUUUACCGGCAGUUGAGGAGGCAUCUUAAAGAGCUGCUAAGGAUCAAUGCCAAGGAAACUACUCGCAUUUUGGCCUUGCACUAUCCCGAAAAGAUUAACGAGCUUUUAGAUCUGCUGAGAAGGGAGGAGGCUUUAUUGUAUGUGUUCCUCAAGUGCCUCAAUGAUCGUAGAAGUGAACUGGAAGCCAGUCAAUUGGAGUUGCUAUUCGAGCUGUAUUGUAAAAUGGAAUCGGCUGCUGUUGUCCAGGAGUUCCUUGUAUGCAAUUCGGGCUAUCGCUUGGACAAGGCCAUUGCCAUAGCUGAAAGCCAUCACCUAAACCGAUCUGUGAUUUAUCUGUAUGAAAUGCAGGAGAGCUAUGCGAAAGCCUUCGACUUGUCCAUGGAUCUGCUGAAAUCGGCCGCUGGCGAAGAAGCUGCCAAGGAGGCGCAGGAAAUCUGUGCUCUUCUGGGUCGUUCUGUGACUACGUUGCCAGCUCAGGAACUGGAGCGCUGUUGGUUUGUUCUAUUGCAAUAUAUUCUGCCCCUCCAGGAGCUGCAGUCCAUUACCAAAUCUCUGCUGCACGAGGCCUCGCAGCAUAUUGAUCUGCACAACUUGGUGCAACUGAUAAUGAACACCCACAAUGUGUCGAGUAGCUUUGGUGAUAUUAAGGAUCUGCUGAUGGGCAUGCUGGAUAGUUCGCGGCAUCAAACGGAGGGUUUGCGACACUCCGCUGGAAAGUUGUGCCAAAGUCUUCACCUCCAGUUUGCGGAGCGUUUUCGAAACGCACGUCGUGGCCUAUGGGUGACCACCACCAAGUGCUCCGUGUGCCGCCAGCGGCUGUACGAUCACAGCCAGGUGCUAAUAUUGGGCGGAUGUGGUCAUGGCCUGCACGAGGAGUGCAUGGAGGAGGCGGAGACGCAGUUUGAACAGUGUCCAAGGUGCUUUACAACUAUUCCGGAUCAAAGUCUUGUUUUGCCGCGGCCAAGCAGAAAUCUAAUCAGCAUUUCCUCGUCCCUGGAAUUGGGGGCGUUGCAGCUAAAGGCACCGCCAAGGCGUUUCAUUUAGCUUGCUUCGUGUUUGUUUGUAUAUUCCAAUUAUUCCUCUAUGUAUUUAUUGUACAACUCUAUGUAUCGUAUGUGUAAGUAAAGAAAUUG